UUGAAAUAAUUUUUAGACGCGUAUCCGAACGCCGAUUUUCAAUUUCAAAAUCGAACGCUAGUGAUUUAAAUAGUGAUGUUCUAUAGACAAUUAAUAAAACAUUUUUUUAUAGUUUUUGUGCAAUUUUAAUUAGGUUUAAGUCAAAACGUAUUAUGUACCCAACAGAUUUGAAAAAUGGACAGCUAAAACUGAAUUCGUUUGGCAAAAAUCUAGACCACAACAUUAUGCUGAAGACGAUACAAAAUUUCUGCUAUAACAAGUCGAAUACGGGGCCUUUUACGAUGACGUCACCGUUUCUCGUCGACAACAUUUUGCAUCAACAAAAAACUGAAUUACAGAAUCAGUAUAUAAACCAACAAAUCGAGAAUUAUGUGCGACAGAACUAUGAGAGAUCACGGAAUAAUACUCCAGAGAUAGACGAUCCGAAAUCAGCUGAAUGUGAUGAAGAAAAUCGCCAAGAAGAAUCGAUUGAAGACUCCAAAAUAGAGGACGAGGAUUCGAAAAGUCGAGAUGAAGAUUACGUAAAAAACGAGGCGUACUUCAACAACGAAUUUUACACAAGAAACGAAGAAUCUCGUUCCACAGAAAAAGAGGUUUUAAACGUUCCUAAUUUGAUCCGUCGGUGUCAAACAUGUGGGUCAUUCGAAUGCCCCCCAUUCUCGUGCAAAAAGUCCGGCAUCAGACGCCUUCAAGAGUUGGAGAAGCGAUUUAAUCUGAACUAUCAUGAAAAUUCUGGCGAUGAAGCAGAGAAACAUGAUAAGGGAUACACAGAUGAUCUGGUCCGAAAUUGUGAUGAAUAUACGGAGCAAAAGAAGCCGUUAUUGAAGUUCAGUGUUAGUGCCAUUUUGGGGGAAGAUAGUUUGAAAAGUAACAACGUUAGCGAAUAUCGGCAGCCGAUAAUGGGCAGUCCCUGGCCUAUCGCGAAGCCCAUCGCCAGCAGGCCGAUACCGGUACAGCAUCAGCAUCUACAACAUCUUCUGGCUCACUGUCAUCAUCCUUACUUAGUGAGACCAGCACAAGCACAUACUCAAGUAUUCCCACUACCCGGCGGUUUCCCUUGGGCACAUAGUUCAAGAGGCAAACCCCGUCGUGGCAUGAUGCGUCGUGCAGUCUUCUCAGACCUCCAACGCAAGGGUCUGGAGAAGAGGUUCCAGGUCCAGAAGUACAUCUCCAAGCCGGAUCGAAAGAAGCUCGCUGAAAAACUCGGAUUGAAGGAUAGUCAGGUAAAAAUAUGGUUCCAAAACCGGCGCAUGAAAUGGCGAAACUCAAAGGAGCGGGAACUCCUCGCAUCAGGUGGGUCACGAGAACAAACCUUGCCAAACAAGAAUAAUCCACACCCUGACCUAUCAGACGCUGAAGCUGACAAACCAAAGAUGUCUCCGUUAUCACCUUCGACUGAGGAACAGGCUGAGGACAUGAAAAAAGUAUAUGCGACAACGUCAAAUGAUUUUCGAGGUUAUGAUGACAAGAUGGCGGGCGGUCAAAUGUUUUCCCGCGAAAUUUCGUAUCAAAAUAUGGAGGAAGAUGAGUUUGAAAGCGAUGCUAGUGCCAGUGAUGAAGAAAUUAAUGUAACAUGACCUGUUUUUGUAUGUUAGACGAGAAUUUGUAUUAUAAUUGUGUAGUGUUGUGUAUAUUUUCGUUUGGAUUUAAGUAUUGAUAAUGUACUUACUAUAAUACGUUUAUAAAUGGUUUAAAUGCUUUUACUGAUGUGGUUCCGAGUCUCAAAUUACUUGAUAGAUACUGAUUACUCGAUGCUACAGUUUAUAAGUCUCAAAAGGCAAACAACUUACAUCUAAACUUGCAUAAAAUCUGGCAUAACCUUCUAGGGAAUAGAAAGUAUAGUUCCCUAUGAUCGGAAGAGGAGGAUCCUCCGACCAGGCGAGGUGAUCAUGCCUGACGGGCUUUCUGCCCAACAGUUGUUCGUUGGGCGAUGUAGGAAAUCUUGAGCAAUUGUGGAACAAUGUCAGUAUAAGAAUUUAACUACUUACUAACUACCUAAAAAAAAUAAAAUAGGAGUGGAAAUCAGUAUGCAAUAUUAUCAAAAAUUCUAAAAAAUAUGUCGUGAAAACAAAUAUUUGCGAUUAUAUCACCUGUCUGCCCAGACCUUUAAUAUCAUAAAUUAGACUAAAACAACUAAAUAAAAUCGUAUGUUUAAUAAAAUGAUAGUGAGGUUAUAUAUAGGUGAAACACAGUGAUGGAAUUAUAAUAUCAAAAUAACAAUUUCUGGAAUGAUUUUCUACAAAAAAUGUUAACUAAAAAUCCUUAGAUACGUACUACAAACAGAUUUUUUGGUAAAUAACAAUUACGCCGUUUACUUAAAAAUUUGCCUCUACUUGGACAGUAGGUAUCGAUUUUUGACAUUAACUUAAAAUCUCAGGUUACU